ACUUUUUUUUUUACCAUAGAGACGAAAGGUAAACAAACAUGGAGGGGCCGGCGAGGACUGUCAGUGAAUUAACGCUCGUGUGCCUCGAGUUAGCGGGCAAAAUAGAGGAACUAACCACCAGAGAGGAGAGGGAGGCCUGUAUUAUCGAGCACCUGGUCCAGUACAGCCAGGAGAAGGUGCAUAUGGUGGAUUUCGACACGGGCUUGGAGUGGUUCAAUGUGUCGCGCCCCCUGACCCUGAGUGGUGACCUGCAUGGCCGGAUCUCCGUGCUGGACUUCUUCACUUAUUGUUGCAUCAAUUGUAUGCACAUCCUGCCUGACCUGGAGGCUCUCGAGGCCCUGCACCCUCCCUCUGACGGAGAAGUCUUGGUGGUUGGAGUUCAUUCAGCAAAGUUUGAAAACGAAAGGCUGUCUGAAAACAUCCUGGCAGCCGUCAAGCGGUACGGGAUCCAGCACCCAGUCGUCAAUGACCCCAAGGCUAAGAUGUGGAUGGCCCUUGGAAUCAGCUGCUGGCCCACCCUCCUCGUACUAGGUCCCAGUGGUGAGCCUUUAUUUGUCCUGGUUGGCGAGGGACACAGAGAGAGACUACAACUCUAUGUCGACGUAGCAAUCAAACACUUCUCGGACUCAGGAACCUUAAAGAGUUCAUCACCAGUCCCGAUGGCACCUUCAGAGCACCUCCAAGCUACCAGCUCCAUCCUUAGGUUUCCUGGCAAAGUUGCUGUCCACCCAGGAGGACUGAUUGUGUCAGACUCAGGCCAUCACAGGCUGUUGAUCACUGACCAUCAAGGAAAUGUUAAGCAUGUGGUUGGCAGUGGGGAGGCAGGUCACCAGGAUGGCAACUUCUCCUCCAGCAAGUUCACCAACCCACAAGGAACGGCCUACCUCCACCCUAAUAUCAUCUUUGUUGCAGACACUGGGAACCACCUGAUUCGCAAGGUAGAUAUUUCAGCAGAAGAAGUAACCACUAUCGCUGGCACUGGGGAGAAAGGAACAGAUCAUGAAGGGGGCAACACAGGCACUACUCAGGCCAUUUCAUCACCAUGGGACGUCUGCCUCACCAGGACCCUCGACCGAAGCAAAGAAGAGCCUGAAAACCUGCUGCUGGUGGCCAUGGCGGGGACUCACCAGAUCUGGGGGGUGUUUCUCACUGACGGGAAGUGGCUCAAGGGGAGUUUUUAUGAGAAAGGAACUGUGGUGAGGCUGGCGGGCAGCGGGGCCGAGGAGAACAGAAACACCUCCUAUCCGGCCCGUGCUGGGUUUGCACAGCCGUCUGGACUCACCUGCUGCGCCCUCCCUGACAAGACAGAGCUCUUCAUUGCUGACUCUGAGAGCUCAGCCAUCAGGAAGUUUGACCUCAAAGAUGGGAGUGUCAAAGCAGUUGUUGGUGGAGCUCGGGACCCUCUUGACCUUUUUGCAUAUGGAGAUGUUGAUGGAAGUGGUGUUGAGGCCAAGUUGCAACACCCAAUAGGAGUGACCUCUGUUGGCCAGACUGUUUAUGUAGCAGAUUCGUACAACAGUAAAAUCAAGGCUGUUCAACCAUCUGGGAAAACCUACACUGUGUCUACUAUAUCCACAACUGACUCAACAGACAAUGUAGAUCAAAAUCAGAAAAGAGGGCUGAAUGAGCCAGCAGGAUUGUGUGCUGCUCCCAAUGGCUCUUGUCUGUAUGUGGCUGAUACCAACAACCAUGCCAUUAAGGUCUUGUCCCUCACUGACAAUUCUUUACAAGAGCUUCCAGUUAGGAUGGUGGAUGAGGGAGACAGUUCCAGUCAAGACCUCCUGAAUGGGAACCUUGAGGAAGAGAAGGAAGUGCAGGAAGUGGUGGUGAGUGUUCCACAAGAUGGGGCACAGGAGCUCACCCUUCUGAUCAAGCUGAACUUUCCUGAAGGUGUAACACUUAAUGACCAAGCUCCUAAUAAAUGGAAGGUUGAAAGCCAUGAUCCAGACCUUGUUCUGGCAGCCUCCCAAGGCACCCUACAACAGGGGAGUGAGCUCCUUGUGAGCCUUCCAACUGCUGCUAAUAUUUCCCAACGUGAUAUCACGCUGUCCUGCACAUUGUUUCCGUGCCUUCCCAGCGGUGUUUGUGUUGCUGCUGCUGCCAAGUGUGUUAUCUACCUCACAAACACUGAGGAGGAGACAGACACCAAGAAGGAAGUUCCCAUCAAUGUCAGGUUAAAAUUAUAGUUCCUUAGUAGAGGGCUUCUACCAUUUGUGAUUUCACUGUUUACUAACAUGCACUACUUUGUUAUGUAUAGCAGUUCAUGGUUAUAAUCAGACAUGGGGGUAAUAGUAAUGAAUAAUAGUAACAGUAGACAAUUCCAGGGUUCAUAGAGUAAUGGUAGUAAUAUUAUCAUUAUUAUUAUUAACCAACAGUGCAGUAAGUAGGGCUGGAAGAGUACAAAUACUGUAAGCUACAGUCUGUAACCCUGACACUUAAGACACCAGGCACUGCUUCCCUGAUGGUUACUGGGGGAUGUAGGUGGAAACUUGAGGCCAUUUGGGGAAGUGAAACAGCCAACACUCCACACAGCUGGUUAAUGGCGCUGUGGUGGGGAGAGCACUUAUGAUCAGGCCACUACUCACAGUCCAUCAUGGCCCUACCAGAUAACCAUAGCAUGCAAACAUGUUCAGCACCUCAAAGUGUUUACCGAACUAUGUACUUAUAUACAUUAAAGGAGGUACUUAGUAUGGGAAAAUGUGCAUGCAUGGCCCCUGAUGUAUUCCCUUAUUGCCUAAUAUAAUCAUGAUUGUUUUAUAUGAUAUUUUAUAUAUUGAUGAAAUAUAUAUAUUUACAAUGUAUAUUCUAUUAUUAAAUCAGUUACCAAUCUUU